ACGUCUGUAAAUCAUACAAAAUGGGUUCCAAUAUGGCGCUCUCCAUGAAGGAAUUGGCGUCACUUUUGAGUGUUUUGUCAGAAGAUGCUACACCUUCACAGAGUUUUGAGCAAAUUGCUACUAGCUUUCAACACUACUUUCAGAAACAGGACUACUUCAAAGUGGGCAGUGCAUUGGUGCUGCUUCUGCAAAACCGUGACCUUCUGCCACACCCCACACAAAAGCUGGCUGCCAUUUUUCUGCUUUAUGAGAUGUACAGGGUGGACCAACCCAUUGCUGCCAACCCCUUUGCAUCUGUCUUUGUGCACCUCCUGAAUCCUCCUACAGAGAACCAGGAGGCCGGUCAGUAUGACUUCCACUGGGCCAUACCUGCCAUCUCACCUGCAGAGAAGUACUUUCUCUCACAGCUAAUAUCCAGUCCUUCCAAGGAGUUGUACAAGAAAACCCCCACACAGAUUCUUCAAAUGGAUGUAGGAAACAUGCAGAAUUUCGACGUGAGUGGUCUGAUGUUGGCCCUAACUGAACGACACUCAGAGAUGCCUGCCAUGAGCAAGUCUGCCAUCCCAGUGGUCGUACCUGACCCAGACACCAAACCUACCACAUUUGAGCAAUUUGGUAAGCCAGGUGUGAUCAACCCAGACGUUCAGCGUCGCAGCAUGGAGGAGUUAUUCACGAGUAAUAAGCCGCCUGUGGAGAACUGUAUGAGGCCUGAGUUCAUACGCCUCGCCCCUCCCCUCCACAUAGCGGAAGAUGAGCUUUGCUGGCUGAACCCUACAGAUGUUGAGUACAACAUUGCUUGGGACACAACCAUGUGUGUGAGCAGCUCAGUAGGGGCAGAAGUGCGCAGGCUGAUGGCCAAGGCGUUCAAGGGGCCGCUGACCCUACCGCAACAACAACAACUUCUUGAUGAACUGAAAAAAGACCCCAAACUUGUGUAUCAUAUAGGGCUGACUCCAACCAAGCUGCCAGAUUUAGUGGAGAAUAACCCAAUAGUAGCUAUUGAAGUCCUUCUCAAGCUCAUGCAGUCUAAUCAAAUAACGGAGUAUUUCUCAGUGCUGGUUAACAUGGAAAUGUCUCUGCACUCAAUGGAGGUCGUCAAUAGACUCACCACAGCGGUAGAGCUGCCAUCAGAGUUCAUCCACCUGUACAUCUCCAACUGCAUCUCCACAUGUGAGACCAUCAAGGACCGCUAUAUGCAGAACAGGCUCGUGAGGCUGGUGUGCGUCUUCUUGCAGUCACUCAUCCGGAAUAAGAUCAUCGACGUUAAGGAUAUCUUCAUAGAAGUGCAAGCAUUCUGCAUAGAGUUCAGUCGCAUACGUGAGGCAGCUGGCUUAUUUAGACUAUUAAAAUCACUGGAUAGUGAAGAUGCCAAGGCCAACAAUCAGGCAAAGUGAACGCCAACUUAGUCUUUGUGGGAACAGAAUCUGAAGAGCCGUAUAUAACUUAAUGUGGCGGGAAAGGAAAAUCUGUGAGAAUUUUUUUACCAGACAUGAACUGAAAAAACAAUGUUUCAAGUUGGCCACUAUUUUCCUUUCACUAAGGUAGCUUUCUGGUUAAUAAUUUCCAUGUUUGAAGUAAUUUCCAUUUGGUCACAGCCAUUUGUCUAAAACUUUAUGCCUCAAAGAGGAUCAUUUUAGAUCAAUAAAGGAAAAUGUGACUGAAACAAAUAACCCAAAGGGCGAUUAUUUAAAUUGUCACACAUUAGAAAGCUCCACCAGUGGUUGGCAUUGAGAAUAAUAAAAGAACUGCUUUUAAAUUAUGUGUAAUUUGUAUUUUACAUAAUCUUGUGCUCAUUGUAAUAGUAAAGAAUUGUUGUCAACAAGGGUUUGAUGAAAAUGUUGGAAAUAUAGGAUCUGGCACGAGUUGUCAUAUCAUACCAUAUUUUAUUUAACGACUUCAGGAAUGACACAUUUCCUUGACAAGUUUAAUAAAAUAUGGUAUGAUAUGACGAGUGUCAGAUCUUUUUAUACGCCCGUUUUAAAAAAACGGGACGUAUUAUAGUUUCACCUUGGUGGCGUGCGGACGGGUGGGCGGCGUCCACAGCAGUUUCCGCUCUCUAAUUCAAAUAGUUUUAAUCCGAUCUUCACCAAACUUGGUCAGAAGUUGUAUGUAGACAAUAUCUAGGUCAAGUUGGAAUAUGGGUCAUGCGGGGUCAAAAACUAGGUCACAGGGUCACUUAAUGCAUUUCAAGCAUUUAGCAUGGUGUCCGCUCUUUAAUUGAAGUAGAUUUCAUCCGAUCUUCACCAAACUUAGUCAGAAGUUGUAUCUAGACAAUAUUUAGGUCAAGUUCAAUUUUGUGUCAUGCCAGGUUAAAAACUAGGUAAUGAGGUCACUUAGUGCAUUUCAAGCAUUUAGCAUGGUGACCGCUCUCUAAUUGAAGUAGUUUUCAUCAGAUCUUCACCAACUUUGGUCAGAAGUUGUGUCUAGAUGAUGUGUAGGUCAAUUUCAAAUAUGGGUCAUGGUAAUGUUAUCAAGUUGUCCAAAGCCUUAAAACGGGCGUAUCUUGUGACAGUUUAGCACUCUUGUUUAUCACAUGCUUUUAAAUGAGUAAAUAAAAUAAAUAUUUACGCACACAUAAUUUUUAAAUAUGGAAUGUUGUUUACAUUUCGUGACGUGAUUUGACGUUGCAACGUCAUUUCAGCAAAAUAACAAAAUGCGAUUGGUCAAUCGAAUGAAAACUAAGCAAAUGAAAACACUUAAAAAGUAUAUUAUACAUGUGUAAGAUAAAAAUAUUUGUAAUGAUUAUAUUACAUAGGAAACAGGGUAUGGCAUGUGAUAAUAGAAUAUAUGACUCUUUUUCAGCAAAAUAUUGUUUUGAGCACUUUUUCUGGAAAAAUAUAGGAAUUUUUUAACAGUCCAGUUUGAUUACAUCUGUAAUUCUUUCUAUGAGACAUACAGCAUUUCUUAUGUGGUUAAAUUUUGUACAGAAAUAAAACAUUCACUGACAACAUUUAUCAACAUAUAUUUCGUCAAAAAAAUGACGUAAUUUCACAGUAAACAAUGAAAAUUAUCGAUAAUUCUCACUGAUCAUUUUCACUGUUUGAAACAGUGAAAUUAUCAGUUUUAAUUCACUGAUAUUUCUCUAUAAACCACCAAAAAGCAUUAAAUAAAUAUACUGUUAUUGCCCUUUAGCUUGAGACGUGUUGCAUAUUAUCACUUCAGCAAUCGUAUUUUUGUUACAGUUACAGUAAAUGUUUGUCUUGUUUAUAUACCAAAGUUAUCAUUUAAAACCAUUAUCAUCCACUUUAUGAUUAAAAAUUAGACUUGCCAUGAAAUGUGCAAAUAAUUUGCAUUUUAUAAGGAAAUGUGCUGUGUUUAAAUAAAUAGUUAUAUUUAAAUACAAGUACUUGAUCAUGUGCUUAUUUGUUAGGUAUUGCUUAUAUAUGCAUAUAGGUGUUAAAUAAAUGUCAAUAGUU